AUGGCGACGCAGUAUCCUAGUGCCAUGUCCCUCCAGAGGCUCAUCAACAUCUCUUCUGCACCUUCAGAACCACAGCAUAGACGACUUCUAUCCGACCAGCCACAUGACUCGGAAGAGGAGCGAAGGCGAUCCCGGGCAGUCCACGAUGCCAUGCGCUUAAUCCUCUUCAGAGUCAGUGUACCUGACAAGUUUCUGGUGUCGUGGAACACCGAUGCGCAGCACCUCAUAGCCAUGCAUACCGUCAACUCGUCAAACCUGUCGAUGUGGCCCGGCUUGCCCAAUGACUUCGAUACACUGCCAAUGGUACCGUCGAAGCAGAACAGUGACCUAUUGAGGAUAUUUCUCAAGCUGCUCUCAAGGUACAAAACCAGCCUUGACGGCAAUCCAGACCCUAAUAACCCUAUUGUUAAAUUCUAUUUCCCCUUUUGUAUCCAGGAUCCAUUGCUAUUGCAGAUCAUUCUCUACACGUCCGCUUGUUUCUUAAAUGAGACUGGCCACAUGCCCAAGAUGGCUGUCAUGGCCCAUAAAGGCAAGGCGAUCGCCAUGCUGAACAACCAACUGCGCUCCCACAAUUACCAAACUGGCGAUGCUGUCAUUGCCGGUGUAGUGCAGUUGAUUGUAGAUGAGUGGUACUGGGGAGACACAGAUGACUUGAAGGCGCACAUGAGGGGACUGAGGGAGAUGAUCCGCAUUCGUGGGGGGUUUCAUACUCUCGGCAUGAAUGGGCUGCUCGCAAAGUUGGUCAUCAGUCACGAUAUCGGAAUUGCCCUCGCACACGAAAUCCAGCCAUUCCUCGGAAACGGCAUUGAGUACGAUUAUCACGAUCCUGCGAUUUUGCCCUUCCGCAUCUCGCACAAUACACCACUCAUCUUCAAUCUCGCGUCAUUUGCCGCUUCGGCCGAGGCUCUCGGCUUGCAUCCUAUGACGGCAUCGAUUCUUGACGAUGUCCGGUUUCUUAUCAAUGCCGUCAUGUCCCUACCAGAUCACCCAUCGCCGGCAGAGCUGCAAAAGGUGUCAACCACGGCGGCUUGGAUGUACGAGCGUAUCCGCAGUCUUCCUGAGGAUUCUCCGGAUACGAAGCGCUUGUUCGAAUACGGAGAGCUCACUUCCCAAGCGAAUCUAGGCGGUCUGAGCGAGGACUCCCCCAAUCCCGAUAGCGCUAAGACUGCAAAGGCGGGCACGGCUACGAGCUCAAACCUUCCAUCCUGCCGUCGGACAACUCCGGAGUCAGAGUCGAGGAUCCAGCAGAGGGAGGAUAGUGGUGGCGGCAAUGCAUCAGAAGUGGGGAGUGGACGAGCGGAUGGGAACCCUCGGGUUGAGUCCUCGGCGAAGUCAAAGGUGCCCCUUCCUGAGACACUCAAGGUAACCUCGGGACCAGACUACAUGUAUUCCGUGAUUCGACUGGCGGCAAUGGUCAAUAUACGGGCCAUACGGGACCGCAUUCCUCUCAGCAGGGCAUGCUCGAUCGAUGAGUUCUUACAAGUAUGGACAACAUCAUGGCGAGUGCCCCUUACUACGUGGAGAUGUGCUCUUGGUAUCUUCAACUGGGCCAUGUUUGCAAUCAUCCCCGCAUGCCACGGAGGGCCUCACGAGCGGUUUUCCAGAACGAUGUACAUGAUCUCGAUGAUAUCCCGUGCGGCAGAGGACUGGGGGUUGAUGUUUGCUGCCUCUAGGGUGGCUAUGAGACUGCAGCGGUGGCUUGCCCAAGGAGGGAAGGGCGGUGCACCCAUGGGAGGAGGCCAGGCGGUUGCCAGGCAUGGGUUUUUGAAUACUAAUUGGGAGUGA